UGAUCUGUCUUUUAUUAGUUUAACAGCUCAUUGUAAGUCAGUGCUGAUUUUCUCCAUCAAAGGGUAGUGCCCACGGCAGUAGUGACAAAUGGUUAAUCCUGUAGAGGACUUCAGGGAAGACAGAGGGAGAGCAGGGGAACAAGGAUUCAGCCUCUCAAGUACUGUAGCUCUUGAGGUGCAAUGACUGCAUUUCAUCAUGAUAUAGAAUGGACUGGAGCAGAACUGAGCCUGUUUGGGUCUUGUUUCUUUUGCUCUUUUAGCCAUGAAAUAAUCAACAUCAAUCUGAAGAAUAAACCUGACUGGUUCUUUGAGAAGAACCCCUUUGGGAUGGUUCCUGUUCUGGAGACCAGCAAGGGCCAACUGAUCUAUGAGUCCCCAAUCACUUGCGAGUAUUUGGAUGAAGCAUUUCCGGGGAAGAAGUUGAUGCCUUCGGACCCAUAUGAGCGAGCCUUUCAGAAGAUGCUCUUGGAACAUUUCUCAAAGAUAACACCCAUAGUUUUCAAGUAUUUUGUGGCCGUCAAAGAUGGACAGGAUGCCACGGCGCUGAAAGCAGAGAUUGCUGAAAAGUUUGGCAAACUCGAAGAGAUUCUGUCCAAACGCGACACUGUGUUUUAUGGUGGAGACUCAAUCUCCAUGCUUGACUACAUGAUCUGGCCAUGGUUUGAACGUCUGGAACCAUUCCAGCUGAAGGACGCUCUGAGUCACACCCCAAAGCUCCAACGCUGGAUGGAGGCCAUGAAGGAGGACCCUGCUGUCAAGGCUACAAUGACUGACCCACAGACAUUCAAAGAUUACCUCCAGCUCUAUUUGAAGAACAGCCCUGAGGCAUGCGAUUACGGGCUCUGAAGUGCCAGUAGACAUAUGCUUGCUGAAGUGUCGGUGCUUCUUUUCAGUGUGAGCUGUGGGGACCUGGUGUAAUUUGGUGUGGGCUCUUCUUUGAUUGCAUUUCAUGAUGGGAGUAAAUCUGUGCUGAGAAAUCUGUGAACUCCUCUCCUUCCUGUGAAGGAGGAGGAUGUGCUGGCUUCAGACAGGAGAUGGAAAGUCAUUGCUGGCCAUGUAUAUUGCAUGAAGGAAAAUGUUGGUUUUACUCAGAGGUGAUGAUGUUCUCCUAUCUCUGGCAUCUUUGCAGGCAUUGCUGGUGGGCAGUCCCUGAACUGACCCUGUUACUUAAAAGUUGUAAUACUGGUAUCUUGAAAAUAAAUAAAAAGUAAACAGAAUUGCCUUUAAA